AUAAAAGUAUGAGAGAGUAGACAUACAGGUGGAAAGAAUGAUUUCUUUCUACUUGGUUGGGAUGGGGAGGGGAGAAAGACCAGAAGCAGUUAUGUUUGAGUUAUUCUUUAAAAAGAACUAGAAAGGGAAGGUGUCUGUACCCACAUCUGAGACUCCAGAGGUAGGAGGUGGGAGGGAGGGGGCUUUAUAUGACAUGCUAAAGGGUUUGGACUUAAUCCUAAGGUCAGUGGGGAGUUAUUAAAAUUUUAAUUAGGGUGGAUAACAUGAUCAGAUUAGACGUUUUACAUGAUCACAACAUAGCUAAGAAUGGACAAAUAGAUCAUUGAAACAGACUAGAAAGUCCAUAAAUAGACCUAUAUAUUUAUGGCAAUUUGGUAUGUUAUAAAGCUGGUAUUUCAAAUCUAUAUGAAAAGGAAAUUACAUUAAAAGCCAAAUAUUGUGGAGUCAUUCCAUUAGGGUUAGAAUCCUGAUUUCACCAGUUAAUAUCUGUAUGAAUUGGGCAAACCACGUAGCCAUUUGAUGCCUUCUUUGCUUCCCUUUUAAAAUGUUUUGUUUAAUCCUCAAAACAACCCCAAUAAGAUGGGGUUGAAUUGAACAGUACCUGUUACAAGUAAGUGUUGUUCAAUAAAUGUUAGUGAUUAUUGUAUUAUAAUGACAAGUUGGCUAUCCAUUUGAAAAAAAAUAAUUAGAUUUCUACCUCAUAUCCUUCAUGAGAAAAUGUUUCAACUAGAUCAAAGUCUAAAUAUUUUUUAAGCUAUGAAAGUAUUAGGGAAAAAACAAGAAAAAUGUGUAUAGGCUCUGAGUAGAAUUCUUAAAAGAAGAUGAAGAAUGUAAAAGCCAUAAAAGAAAAGAUUGCUAAGUGUGGAUACAUUAAAAUUAGAUUUCUCUGUAAAACAACUUCCCCCAAAAUUAAGACAAGUGACUGACCAGAUUUUCCAAUAUAUAUAGCAAGGGUAUGAGGAAAUGGAUAGUCAUGUAGUGCUGACAAGAAUGCAGAUAGGUAUAACCAUUUCAGACAGCAGUUGGGCAGGAUCCAUUAAAAUAAAAAUUGCAGAUAUCAUGUGAGCCCAAUUCUAUUUUUCGGUUAUUUACAGGUAUAUAGGUGAUUUCCUUUAAAAUGAUCAGUGCAUUUGCAUCACAUGAUCAAUGUGAUGUAAAUGCAUGAUAAAUGUGUAAAAAAAAUUCACACAUGUGUACAAGGAAGUGUAUAGAAGGAUGUUUACUGCACCACUAUUUAUAAUAGAGAAAAAUUGAAAAGAAUGUAAAUAUCCAUCAGAAAGCUUUUAACUAUGUUAUGUCUAUACUAUGGAAUGUCAUGAGCAUUUAAAAACAAUGAGGUAGAUUUAAAAAUAGGCAAAGGACUUGAACAGACAGUUCUCUGAAGAAGACAUAUAGAUGGCCAAAAAGCCCAUGAAAAGAUGUUCAACAUCACUAAUCAUUAGGGAAAUGCAAAUUGAAAUCACAAUAAGAUACCACCUUAUACCUAUUAGGAUGGCUGCUGUUAAGGGUUAAUAAACAACAAGUGUUGACGAGGAUGUGGAGAAGUUGGAACUGCUGUGUACUGUUGGUGAAAAUGUAAAAUGGUACAGCUGCAAAAAAAAAAAAAAAAAUGGUACAGCUGCUAUGGAAAAUAGUAUGAUGGUUCCUCAAAAAUUUUUAAAUAGAACUACUAUGUGAUCCAGCAAUUCCACUUCUGGGAAUAUAUACAAAAGAAUUGAAAGCAGGAUCUGGAAGAGAUAUUUGUACACCCAUGUUCAUUAGCAUCACUAUUCACAAUAGCCAAGAGGUGGAAGCAAUGCAAGUGUCCAAACAGAUGAAUGCAUAACCAAAAUGUGGUAUAUACAUGCAAUGGAAUAGUAUGCAUUUAUAUUAUUCUGACACAUACUACAAUAUGGAUGAACCUUGACAUCAUUACGCUAAGUGAAAUAAGCCAGUCACGAAAAGACAAAUACUGUAAUUCCACUUAUAUGAGGUACCUAGAGUAGUCAAACUGGACCAAUUAGAACAUCCGUAUUCCCUUUGCCAUUGUGAUUAUUUCAAACAUGGGUGAUCAGGGUCAAGCCAAAUAGUCUUAAGCAGAGCUCUUACUGGAGAGUUGUUCUUCUGUGGGAGAACUGUUAGAUAAUAUUGGCUUUGCAAUUGAGUGACCAGGUGUGCCAAUACAUUAGAAAAGGCUACCUGGGUUUUACUUUAAUUGUAUGGCCAAACCUAAUCCUAACUAAUGUAAGAUGUACGUCUCCUAAACCAACAUAAAUAAAAUGGAAAAAGGAAGCUCAAUUAACUAAAAAAUUAAAAUUAAAAAAUAAAAAAGCAGAAUACACUACUGGAGAUCUGUAUACUUCACUAUAUGUAAAUUUUAAAAGAAAGAGGAAAAAGAAAUGCAGAAGAGGGGAGGGAAGAAGAAAUAAUGGAAAAUAAAAAACUAAGUUGGUAGGGAAAAGUCCAAACACAGUAGUCAUGAUGAAUGAAUGUGACUAGGUUAAGUUCCCUUAUUAAAAGACAAAUGCUCAGAUUGGCUAUUUUUAAAAUCUUGUGGCUAUAUGGUAUUUACAAGAUGUGCCUAAAUCAGGAUGACACAAAUCUGUUGGAAAUAAUGGGAAAAUACACUUUCCACAAAACCCAAUAACUCCACUCCUAGGAAAUCUAACCAAGAGAAAUGAAAACUUACAUCUACACAGAGACUUGUACACCAAUGUUGAUACUAUCUUUAUUCAUAAUAGAUAAGAACUGGAAACAACCCAAGUAUCCAUCAACAAAUAAAUGGAUAAACUGUGCAUUCAUACAAUGGAAUACUAUUUGGCAAUAAAAAGAAUGAACUACUGAUACACUAACAUGAUGAAUACAAUAACAUAGAUGAAUCUACAGUAACAUAGAUGAAUCUUAAUACUGUUAAGCUGAGCAAAAGAAUGUAUACUGUAUGAUUCCGUACAUAUGAAACUCUGGGAAGCACAAACCCAAUCUAUAGUGAUGGAAAGUAAAUUGACUGCCUGAUGUGGAGGGAGAAGAUUGGCUCUUGUAGAGGUACAAGGGAGUUUGGGGGGAUGAUGGAAAUUUUCUGUAUUUUGAUUGCUGUGAUGGCUACUUGGAUAUAUUGAUUUGUCAAAAAGCAUUGAAAUGUGCACAAAAUGGGUGCAUUUUAUUAUUUGUAAAUUACACCUCAGUAAAUUAAAAGAUGGGAAAAGGCAUGCAAAAAUAAUAUGCUGUUUGAAUAUGCAAUAUGGAAAAUAUUGAGGUUUUCUUUGUAGCCUAACAUGGUCAAUUUCAUGAAAGUUCCAUGUACACUUGAAAAGGAGGUACAUUCUGUAUUAUCUGGUAUUAUCAGGAUAAAAGGUUUGAUAUUUAUGCAUAAGAUCUACCUGAUUGUUUAGGUCACCUGUAUCCUUACAUUUAUUUUUGACUCUGAUCUGUCUCACACUGGGAGAAAUAGAGUUUUCUAAUCUUAGUAUACUUUGUCUAUUUCUCCUUGCAUUUCUUAGAGUUUCCACUUGACGGAAGUUGCUACUGUGUUGUUUUGUGCAUGGAUACUCAUAACUGAUAUUUUUUUUGUGAACUGUAGCCUUUAGCAUUAUAGUGUAUUCUUUUUGUCUCAUUUAAUGCUCUUUAGCCUGAAUUCUACUUUUUCUUAUAUUAAGAACAGGAUCCUUGCUUUCUUUUUCUUUUUCUUUUUUGUAAUGCAUUUGCCUUAUCUACUUUUGCCUGUCCUUUUAUUUUUAGCUUUUCUGAAUUCCUUACCCCCAAAGUAAGGUGCCCUUGCACAGUUCAUCUUGUAGACAGAAUUGCUAGAGACUAGUCACUUCUAUGUGUUUUGUUUUGUUUCCUUUUCUGAAUAGGAGUGUUCCCUCUAGUUGUCCUGUUCCUAUUCCACCAAUUGUAUAUUUAGUGUUAUAAGGGCAGAUAAUUCGCCCUCUUGGUGCAUAGGUCUCUAGAUCAAAAAAAGCCACACCUCCUGAUACUGAUACUACUACAUAUACCCCUUGCUGUAGAGAUGGCUGUGCUCCACCUAGAUAUCGUGGACUUUGAGCAUGAUGUCAUGAUUGUACAGGACUUUGAGAGUGUCUGUGUGGGGGAGUUGUGUAGUGUAUACUUGGCCUGUGGUAGAGAAAGUGAGAUCAACAUUUGGUAACUAGAAGGGUAGAGUGUAGCAGUUUUUUGUGCUGUUUACCAAAUAUUUCUGGCUCUCUUGUUUAUGGACUCAGGGUAGGAUGGCUCUUCUCCACCACCUUUGAAGUUAGGUGUGGCAAUGUGAGUGAAGAUGACGUAUAUCAUUUCUAGGCAGAGGUUUUAAAAGUCAUUAUGUAAUGAACUAUGCUCCCUUUGGCCUGCCUUUCAAAUCAUGAAAACACAGAGAUGGAACCUUGCUUUGCCUGGAUCCCACAGAACAUCCCAACACUAGGGUAAAUGAAAACUAGGCAUUUGUUGUUUUAGCCACUGAGAUUUGGGUUGGUUUUUUGUUUGUUUUUUACAAUAGCAUAACUUAGCCUAUACCAACUGAUAAAGCACAUGUUGAAAAGUCUGUGUUAGAACAGUUGGACAAGAAAAAGAAAUAAAAGGUAUCCAAAUUGGAAAAGAAGAAGUAAAAUUAUCUCUGUUCACAUGUGACAUGAUCUUAUGUAGAAAAUCCUAAAGAAUCCAUUUGUAAAAUCUGUUACAACUAAUUAAUGAUUUCAACAGAGUUUCAGGAUACAAAAUCAACAUGGAAAAGUCAGUUGCAUUUCAGUAUGCUAACAAUGACCAAUCAAAAAAGAAACUAAGGAAACAAUCCAAUUUGCUAUAGCAUUAAAAAGAAUAAAAUACCUAGGAAUAAACCUAACUAAGGAGGUGAAAGACUUGUACACUGAAAAUUACAAAAUGUUGCUAAAAGUAAUCAGAGAAGAUACAAGAGAAUGGGAAGACAUUCUGUGCUGUGGAUUGGAAGACUCAAUAGCAAUAAAAUGUCCAUACUACACAAAGCGAUCUAUGGAUUCAAUACAGUCUCUUAUCAAAAUACCAAUAACGUUUGUAGAAAUGGAAAGGAAAAAAUGCCAAACUGGUGUGGAAUCUCAAGGGAUCCCGAAUAGCCAAAACAAUCUUGGAAAGGAAGAACAAAGUUGGAGACCUCAUGCUUCCUGAUUUCAAAACAUACUACAAACCAAAGUAGUAAUCAAGACAGUGUUGUACUGACAUAAAGACAGAUAUAUAGACCAAAUGCAACGAUAGAGAGCCCAGAAAUAAACCCAUACACAUACAGCCGUUCCUCCAUAUUAGCAGGGGAUUGGUUCCAGGACCCUCACAGACGCCCAAAUCUGUGGAUGCUCAAGUCCCUUAUAUAAAAUGGUGAUGUAUUUGCGUAUAACCUAUACACAUCCUCCCAUAUACUCUAAACCAUCUCUAGAUUACUUAUAAUACCUAAUGCAAUGUAAAUAGUUACCAGUGCACAGCAAAUUCAAAUUUUGCUUUUUGGAAUUUUCUGGAACUUUUUCCCCCAAAUAUUUUCUAUCCCCAGCUGCUUGAAUCUACCAGUGCAAUACCUUCAGAUAUGUUGGGCUGACCGUAUUGCCAAAUGAUUCUCUACAAGGGUACAAGACCACACAUGGGAAAAGGACAGUCUUUUCAACAAAUGGUUCUCAGAAAACUGGAUAUCCACAUGCAAAAGAAUGAAGUUAGACUCUUACGCCAUAUACAAAAAUUAACUCAAAGUGGAUUAAAGACCUACACACAUGACCUAAACUAUAAAACUAGAAGAAAACAAGGGAGAAAACUUUAGGACAUUGGAUUUCACAAUGAUUUAUUGGGUGUGACACCAAAAGCAUUGACAACAAAAGCAAAACGAGACAAAUGGGACUACAUCAAACUUAAAACCCUUUGUGUAUCAAAAGAAACAAUCAAGAGAGUGGAAGGCAAUCUAAGGAAUUGGAGAAAAUAUUUGGAAAUCAUAUAUCUGAUUAGGGAUUAAUAUCCGGAAUUUAUAAGGAACUUCAACUCAACAACAAAAAACAGCCUGAUUUUAAAAACGGGCAAAAGACUUGAACAGACAAUUCUCUGAAGAAGAUAUACAAAUAGCCAACAAGCACAUGAAAAAGAUGCUCAACAUCACUAAUCAUGAGAAAGGCAAAUCAAAACCACAAUGAGGUAUUACAUCUCUCCUGUUAAGGUAGCCACUAUCAAAAGAACAGAAAAUGAACAAGGGUUGGUGAGGAUGGGACCAACAUCCUAUUAAUUGGAACACUUGUGCACUAUAGGUAGGAAUGUAAAAUGGUACAGCUGCUAUGGAAAAUAGUAGUUUUUGAGGUGGUUCCUCAAAAAAAUUAUAGAAUUACAAUAUGAUCUGGCAAUCGUAACUUCUGGUUAUAUAUACAACAGAAUUCAAAGCAGAAUCUGAAAGAGAUAUGUGCACACCCAUGUUCAUUGCAGCAUUAUUCACAAUAACCAAGAGGUGGAAGAAACCCAAAUAUCCACUUAAAAAUGAUAAAGAUGGCAAAUGUAAUGUGAUGUGUCUUUUACUACAAUUAAAAAAACAUAUUACAAGAUCCAAGCGAUGCACAGUGAGAAAUGAAAGUUUGAUGAUCAAAGGAAGUUACAGACCCAUUAAGAAUCACUUCUCUAUUUGCUGUAGUCCUGUGGGACUCAUGGACACAAGCCCUGUUGGCUUUCAGAGCUAGGUGUUUUAGGGACCCAUCCCUGAUGUGAGAACCUUAAAAGUUGGGGCACAAGAUGUGGGUCCAAACCUUUCACUCCUCAGGGAGAAGGUGGGAAUUGGGAGUUCCCCCCAAAUUGUAUGGCCCUGUACUGAGGGUGAGGUUCAUGGUGAGAGUGUGUCUCAGCCUUUCCUACCCAUUUUGAGGUGAGUAUUUUCUCAUCUACUCGAUGUGUAGAAGUCGCUAAGCUAGUUUCUGGAUUUCUCCCAGAGGAAUUGCUCUGUACGUGGCUGUACAUUCUGUGUGUCCAUGGGAGGAAGGAAGUUCAUGAGCCUUCUAUGUCACCAUCUUGGGCCCUCUUCAUAAUAAGGAAAUUUUUUAAUUAUAGAAAAAUGCAAGGAAGUGCUCAAAAAUUGACGGGGACUUGCCAAAAGAAACAGGAACUAGCUUGAAAAGUCUCAUGUUGGUCAAAUUUGAGACAAUUUAAGGAUCAAAAUUAGUAAUGACAGUAGUGGAUUAUCACAUGAUUAUUUUUAAUUUUUAUCGAUAAAUAUUUGAUGUAUAACAUUGUAGAAAUGUAAGGUGUACAACAUGUUCAUUUUUAAUAAAGAAUCCAUGUGUCCAUAAGAUAUUAAGAAUAAACAAAGAAAAUGGGAGAGAUGAGGGAGCUUUUUUGUAUAGGAAUAUUACAACUAAUAAAUGUAGAAGGAAGGAUAGAAAUAUAAAAUCAUUUACAAUCACCAUUGUAAUAACUGAUUUGGGCAAGAAUCAUCAGUGGAUGUCAGAACCAUUGGUAAAAAGCUGUAGGGAACAAGAUAUUUUCAGAACCUCAAAGUAUUAUCCCAUAGAUUACUGUACAUACCUUUACAAUAGAGAAAUUUGGCAAACACUGCCUGACCCAAAUGAUCACACUUGAUGUCACUACUGAUGAGACAAACUGACAUAAUGUACAUCAUGUUGUGGGGUAUAUAAGGAUACAUUAAUUAUGUAGUAUUUUUGUCCCCCCAAAUUAAAAAAAAAAACUAAAUCUAAUUAUGAGGAAACUGAAAUCCAAAGUUUAGGGACAUUCUGCAAAACAGUUGGUUUGGAGUCUUAAAAAAUGUCAAUGUCAUAAAAGAAAAAAAAAGGCUAGAGAACUGUUUUUAUAUUAAAGGAGACUAGGCAUGAAAACUAAAUGCAAUGUGUGAUCCUUGAUUGUACCCUGAAUUAAAAAAAUAAGAAACUGUAGAGUUCUCAGAGCUCCUGGUACGAGCAUCUUCCCUUGGGUGGAUUCUUGGCUUUUCUCCCAGCAUGGCCCCCAAACACCAGUCUUCACUUCCACCCCAAGCAAAGAAACCGAAGAAACCGAGACUGACUCCUGCCUCCAAGCCAGAGGAAACGUCUGCUUCUCCGAACUUGACGAACAAAGAAAAAGAACAGCAAGAAGCAAUUGAACAUAUUGAUGAAGUACAAAAUGAAACAGACAGACUUAACGAACAAGCCAGUGAGGAGAUUUUGAAAGUAGAACAGAAAUAUAGCAAACUCCGCCAACCAUUUUUUCAGAAGAGGUCGGAAUUGAUGGCCCAAAUCCCAAAUUUUGGGGUAACAUUUGUUAACCAUCCACAAGUGUCUGCACCGCUUGGGGAGGAGGAUGAAGAGGCGCUGCAUUAUUUGACAAGAGUCAAAGUGACAGAAUUUGAAGAUAUUAACUCAGGUUACAGAAUAGAUUUUUAUUACGAUGAAAACCCUUACUUCGAAAAUAAAGUUCUCUCCAAAGAAUUUCAUCUGAAUGAGAGUGGUGAUCCAUCUUCAAAGUCCACUCAAAUCAAAUGGAAAUCCAGAAAGGAUUUGACAAAACGUUCAAGUCAAACGCAGCAUAAAGCCAGCAGGAAGAGACAGCAUGAGGAACCAGCAGGCUUCUUCACCUGGUUUACUGAUCAUUCUGAUGCAGGUGCAGAUGAGUUAGGAGAGGUCAUCAAAGAUGAUAUUUGGCCAAAUCCAUUACAGUACUACUUGGUUCCGGAUGUGGAUGAUGAGGAAGGGGAAGGAGAAGAAGAUGAUGAUGAUGAAGAGGAAGAAGGAUUGGAAGAUAUUGAUGAAGAAGGGGAUGCGGAUGAAGAUGAAGAUGAUGAUGAGGGGGAGGGAGGAGAGUAAGAUGAAAGAGAAGAUGACUAAAGGAACACUGAUGGAUUCCAACCUUCCUUUUUAAAUUUUCUCCAGUCUCUGGGAGCAAGUUGCAGUCUUUUUCUCUUCUCCUCUUGUGUUCAGGCGCCCUGUUUUUGAGGUCUCUUUUCUCCUUUAUACUAUGGAUCACAACUUAUUUGGGGGGAAAAUACCUUGAGCAGAAUUCAGUGGGAAAAGAAUCUCUACCCCUUUCUGUUCUAAAUUCAUUUUUAUCCUUUCCUGUCUCAACAAAAACUUUAUGGAAUCAACACCACCAUUCUCUGUGGGAAAAAAGAAAAACCUGCUCCCUUAGCUCUGCUGGAAGCUGGAGGGUGCUAGGCCCCUGUGUAGUAGUGCAUAGAAUUCUAGCUUUUUUCCUCCUUUCUCUGUAUAUUGGGCUCAGAGAUUACACUGUCUCUAUGUGAAUAUAGACAAUUAGCGUUUACCAACAUGUAUCUGUCUACUUUCUCUUAUUUAAAAAAAGAAAGGGCUUCCCUGGUGGCGCAAUGGUUGAGAGUCUGCCUGCCGAUGCAGGGGACACGGGUUCGAGCCCUGGUCUGGGAAGAUCCCACAUGCCGCGGAGCAACUAGGCCCGUGAGCCACAACUACUGAGCCUGCGCGUCUGGAGCCUGUGCUCCGCAACAAGAGAGGCCGUGAUAGUGAGAGGCCCGCGCACCGCGAUGAAGAGUGGCCCCCGCUUGCCGCAACUGGAGAAAGCCCUCGCACAGAAACGAAGACCCAACACAGCCAAAAAUAAAUAAAUAAAUAAAUAAAUUUAAAA